AUGCCGUCUCAGGAGUCCCAAAGCACGCCUACGGCCGUACACGAGCCAAAGCCCGACAUCAUCGUGCGCGGGCUGAACUACAAGUUUCCCGACGGCUCGUGGGGCUUGCAAGACAUCAACCUCGAGCUCCCCGCGGGGUCGCGGACGUUGCUGAUCGGGGCCAACGGGGCGGGCAAGACGACGCUCCUGCGGCUCCUGUCGGGCAAGAAGCUGGCGCCGUCGCGGUCCGUGUUCAUCGCGGGCGUGGACCCGUUCGCGAGCGGGCUCGAGGGCGUCACGUACCUGGGCCUGGAGUGGGUUCUCAACCCGAUCGUGCGCACCGACAUGGCCGUCCCCGUCCUGCUGGAUUCCGUGGGCGGGACGCAUUUCCCGCAGCGGAGGGAUGAGCUGGUGAGGAUCCUGGACAUCGAUCUCGCGUGGCGCAUGCACAUGGUCUCGGACGGCGAGCGGCGGCGCGUCCAGCUCGCCAUGGGCCUGAUCCGGCCCUGGGACGUGCUCCUGCUGGACGAGAUCACCGUGGACUUGGACCUGCUGAGCCGCAGCAACUUUCUGGCCUGGUUGAGGGGCGAGACUCAGCGCAGGGGCGCCACCAUCGUGUACGCGACGCACAUCCUGGAUAACUUGGCCGGGUGGCCCACGCAUCUCGUGCACAUGCACCUCGGCCGCGUCAAGGAGUGGGGGCCCAUGGCCGAGUUCGAGGACCACCACCACCAUCACGCUGAGGGCGAGGGCGAUGCCAGCGGCGCCGGCGCCGGCUCUGGGAAUAGCAGGCUAGGCGAGCUGGUCCUCAAGUGGUUAAAGGACGACCUGGCCGAGAGGGGUCCCAGAGGCAACACCGCGCCAGACAAAACUCAGGGCAAGACGUACGAGAGUUACGAGGGCAAGGGCGGGUACGGGGUCGAGAAACCGCCGGGGCUGUGA